AUGGCGGAACUGGGGAAGAAGUACUGCGUGUACUGCCUGGCCGAGGUGAGCCCGCUGCGCUUCCGCUGCACCGAGUGCGCCGACAUCGAGCUCUGCCCCGAGUGCUUCUCGGCGGGCGCCGAGAUCGGCCCGCACCGCCGAUGGCACGGCUACCAGCUGGUGGACGGCGGCCGCUUCACCCUCUGGGGCGCCGAGGCCGAGGGCGGCUGGAGCAGCCGCGAGGAGCAGCUGCUGCUGGACGCCAUCGAGCAGUUCGGCUUCGGCAACUGGGAGGACAUGGCCGCUCACGUGGGCGCAUCCCGAACGCCUCAGGAGGUGAUGGAGCACUACGUGAGCAUGUACAUCCACGGCAACCUGGGCAAGGCCUGCAUCCCUGACACCAUUCCCAACAGGGUGACGGACCACACGUGUCCCAGCGGCGGCCCGCUGUCCCCCAGCCUGACGACGCCGCUGCCGCCGCUGGACAUCUCGGUGGCCGAGCAGCAGCAGCUGGGCUACAUGCCCCUGCGCGACGACUACGAGAUCGAGUACGACCAGGACGCCGAGACGCUCAUCAGCGGCCUCUCGGUCAACUACGACGACGACGACGUGGAGAUCGAGCUGAAGAGGGCUCACGUGGACAUGUACGUGAGGAAGCUCAAGGAGAGGCAGCGGCGCAAGAACAUCGCGCGAGAUUAUAACCUGGUGCCGGCCUUCUUGGGCAAGGACAAAAAGGACAAGGAGAAAACUCCCAAACGGAAGAUCACGAAGGAAGAGAAGGAGUUGAGGUUGAAACUGAGGCCUUUGUACCAGUUCAUGUCUUGUAAGGAGUUUGAGGACUUCUUUGAGAACAUGCACAAGGAGAGGAUACUUCGAGCGAAGAUUCGGGAGCUGCAGCGGUACCGGCGGAACGGCAUCACCAAAAUGGAGGAGUCGGCGGAGUACGAGGCGGCCCGGCACAAACGGGAAAAGAGGAAGGAGAACAAGAACAUAGCUAGUUCCAAGAGAGGGAAGGAAGAGGGUAAAGAAGGUGAAUUUGCUGCCAUUGAAAACCUGCCUGGCUUUGAACUCUUGUCGGACAGGGAAAAGGUGCUCUGCAGCUCUCUGAACUUGAGUCCUGCACGUUAUGUGACUGUAAAAACUAUCAUCAUUAAAGACCAUCUCCAAAAAAGACAAGGAAUUCCUUCAAAGAGUCGCCUUCCCAGUUACUUAGAUAAGGUACUGAAGAAAAGGAUUUUAAACUUUCUGACAGAAAGUGGUUGGAUAUCCAGGGAUGCUUCAUGAAAUUCAGCUGAUCUCAAAAAACACAGCAGAGGCCCAUUACAGCCUCAAGGACUUCGUUAUUGUUUCCUUCCCUCCCCAAAGAUACAGAAACCAUGUCGGUUAAAAACACAAAAGAGCAAAUACACAAACCUCCAGAGUCAUCAUGAUCCAUGGUGGUUUAAGUAGACUUUUGCUUUGGAUCAUGGAAAAUACUUAAUUCUGAAACUUCUACAUUGGAUUUCACUGCUUUUGGUACAUUCUUAGAACAGAUUUUUUCAUGUGAACUUACUCAAGUCCGGUAGUCCCAGAGUAGUUGCUUUAGUUUGUACUAUUGGAUAAAGGAAUAUCAGUGUAAUCCUUGCUUUUCUCUGAAGGUAGGAGAUCGUUUCAUUCACUGGAAACUUUCUUCACCCUUUGUUUUGUGGUUUUUUUUUGGCAUAAUGCUGGCAGCAAAGUGAAGCUUACCAAAGCCCUGUGCUCAGGAGGAGGUGAGCAGGGACUUUAGUGAGCAGUGCUAAGCUUUUGGAACAUUCUCCUCAGUAACUACAGCCGAGGCGUGGGGACGCCGGGAUGAGAGUUCCUGUUGGGAGUACAGCAGGGCUGAGCCGUGGCAGGGAGAGGAGGGAAGGAAGGAAAUGGGGUAGCUGAGAUGCCUGCAGGGAUUUGUGCUGUAGAGGGGAGUUCUUGAAGAGCUCCAGCUGAUCUGGGCAUUGUUUUGGCCUGAGUUUCCUGAAACAGACCCCUCUGAAGAGUUGACGUUUCCUGCUUGGUACUGGAGUGUCAGGAGUCCCCAGCAGCUGUGGUGCUCUGCUCCAGAGGAGGGGUCAGCUACAGCAAGGUACCUGGUUUGGGCCAGAAAUGGCAUUUGGGAGAGUAGGCAGUGAGGUGUUUGGCAGAAGUUGAGAGCCUCAGGCAGCAAAAUCACUUUUUCCUUACUGGGGGAGCCUGCUUCUCCUCCUUUAGGAUCUUAACCCCUGAGCUCAUAGAGCCUGAGGAGGUGUAGCUGCCUCCUGAAUUUCGUUGGGAAGUCAGGGAAAGGGAGCAAGAUUCUCAAAUGGGUUGUGAUGGCUGAGAUUGGUCUUUAAAAACAAAAAUAACAAUUGAUGCAGAUUUGGUCAAAAUGCACAAAGUGUUCCUAAAUUUGGAGUGCCUAACCAGCCACUGCAGGGUUCUAAUUGCACACACCUUGAGAUGUACCAGCCCAGGCACAUUGAAUCUGGGUGUCCUGACAGGGAGAGGGGCUGUGCACCUUGGGAGGGAGCUCCUCCAGUUCUGACAGCUGCUGCCUGCAGAGCUGCUGGAGCCAGCUGGGAUGUAGCACAGUGAGAACACAAAUGGCCAAGCCACAGUGCUGUUCUAAUGAGAUCUGGUGAUAAAUGGAAAGAUGUUAAAAGAGGAUUAGAAAAAAAAAUUAUGCCCAUUUCAUCCUUCUAUUCCCUGCUGGUGUUUAACCAAAUGAAUAAAAACCAGUGGUUGCCACAUGGAAGAUGGCACAGUUACUUGUGCCUGAACCUCUCUGCUGGUCAUGUCUGGAGCAGGAAGCUGUGGCUGGAGGCAGGCUGGGCAGGUCUGGAGUGCAGGUGUACCAAACUUGGAACCUGGCUUCAAUCUGACUGCAAGACCUGGAAAUGUCAUCUUGCUUUGAUGCUUUGGGCUGUAGUCAGUGAGGAUACCACAAAAUCUUCAAACAGUAUUAAUUCUGCAGUUUGGCAGAGGUAUUCUGAUCAGAACUGGGUUUCAUUUAAUACAUCCAGCAUUACCAAACUAGUGUUACCAGUGAGUUUAGAAUAAAAAGAGUACAAUUACAAAGCCAGCAUUUCUAAGGAAAAAAAACCAAAACUCGAGUGCCUUUUUCUUUUGAGCUUAUGUUGUGUCCCUUCAAAAAAGGUAAGGGCUAUGUCCUCUGGGGUGUAAUACUUUGUUUGGCUUAUCUGUAAGUGGUUUGUUGUGGCAUACUCGAGACAAACUGUCUCUUCUUGGCAGCAGUGGAGCUAACUGCAGUGUGCUGAGUAGCUUUAAUAACCACUUCCACCCUGUAUGCAUGUACAAGCAGCACACAAGUUCAUUAGGUAUAAACCCUUGGUUAUUUUCUCUGUCCUGCUCUUGUGAGAAGGAAGCUCAGUCUUUCUUUUCAGCAUUCUAGUUAUGCAAUUUGGUUCUUCUUGUAACUUGGUUGUUUAACUGCCAUAACAUGCUGUUUUGAAGUCUCAAUUCUGCAUGUAGCUGGGAGUUUAAGAGAAUUAUUUUGGUUUUGGUUCUUCUGGGGGUUUUUCCCUCAAAUCUGUGAUUUUCAUAUUUUGACACUGUUUUGGCACAUCUAAGUUAAACUGAAGCAAUAGCAUAAAGCCCAUCUGAACAAUAACUUAGGAAAAAAUCUAGGCACCAAUGAGUCAUUUAAAUGUUGAAGUGAAUUCUGCAUUUACACUUUGUAGCUUCUUAAUUCCUCAACCCCUCCAAAAUGUUUCUUUGGUGCUAGAUGUAACUUAUUGAACAUCAAAAUGAAUGUAAAAUAAAAGUAUUUUUAAUGUAUGCAA